AUGCGCAAAGCAGAUGCGAACCUAGAUCGCUUCUGGGUAGCCGUCGAUUCUCAUUUCGAAAAGAAGACAGGAGUUGCGCAGUACGGAGUCAUUCAAGAAUGUCUCAAGGAUAGUAGCGAGAUGUACCGAAGUGCUCCAUGGGCAAACAGUCCUAUCAGUAGCAACAAACCAACAAAAACGAAUGAGUAUGAGUUUCAGUCUAUUCCUGACCAGCUUCACGACAAGACAGCGCAGAUCACCGGUGCCUUCGACAAGAUGGCUGUUGUAGAAAGGGUCAAAGCAAAGACCCGAGGUGUCCCUGACUUCGUAUCUGAUGGUAUCGAGGCCUUGACUAUGAAACCCUCAGACGUUGCUAUUGAGACUGUGAAACAUGUGUUCGCAGUCGACAAGAGCACGCACAAUGUCUUCAGAACGCUGUUUUCUGUGCCCUCAGAAGACAUUGGAGAAGUCUCGAAAGGCACCAAGUGGGUGGAGUUCAAGCGAGCAAUGGUCCGCAUUGGUUUCUCCGCUGAGAAGCUUCAAGGGUCGGCGUGGCAGUUCACGCCUACGACAGAUGUCGGCAUUGAGCGCGGCAUCCAUUUUCAUGAGCCACAUCCUGACAGCGAGAUCAACUACGUCAUAGCUAAGCGUAUUGGGAGGCGCCUCAGACCCGUCUACGGCUGGUGCGGAGAUACUUUUCAGCUUGCUUGA